GAGGGACUUGAGGGGGUGUGUCUGCAGCACUAUCGAGGUUUAGCACUAAGAUACGGCCCCAGAACUGCCACUCAAAUAAUUCCCUAGGAGUGGAGGGUGGUACCUGGUUGUCUAGUAACCUCCAGGGCUUUGAGCUAACAGCUAGGGAGGUAACCCAAGCCGGAGGGGCCAUUCCAGAGAGACAGCUGCGGAGAAGACCCAAGGAGCUCUAUGUCUUCCCCCAACCCUGAGGAUGUGCCCCAGAGGCCAGAGCCUGAGCCUUCAAGCUCCAAUAAGACAAAGAAGAAAAGAAAGUGGCUGCGGCAAGAAGCCAGCAUCCAAGCCCUCACCAGGGCUGGCCACGGGGCCCUUCAGGCUGGCCGGAACCAUGAAGCCUUGAACAACUUCCAGAGGGCCUUCCUUCUGGCCUCUAAGACCCCACAAACCGGGGACACCUUGGUGCUCCGGGCCUGCGCCUUCAACCUGGGGGCUGCCUAUGUGGAGACUGGGGACCCAGCCAGAGGCCUUGAGCUGCUCCUGCGAGCCCACCCUGAAGAGAAGGCACAGGGCAGGCGUCAUGGAGACCAGUGUUUCAAUGUGGCUUUGGCCUACCAUGCCCUUGGCGAGCUGCCUCAAGCUUUGGCCUGGUACCACAGGGCCCUGGGCCACUACCAGCCACAGGGUGACCAGGGAGAAGCCUGGGCAAAAAUGGGAGCCUGCUACCAGGCUCUGGGACAGCCUGAGCUAGCAGCCGACUGCCUGCGGGAAGCAAGCCGGGCCUAUGUCCAAGAGAGGCAGCUGCAGGCCGCAGCCCUGGCACUGGGGGCUGCGGCAGGAUGUAUGCUGAAGAGUGGGCGGCAUCGGGUAGGGGAAGUUGUGCAGGUGCUGGAGAAAAGCCGGAGGCUUGCCGAGAGGAGCACUGAGAGGGGACUGCUGGGGCACCUCUAUAAUGAUCUAGGCCUGGGCUACUCCCAGCUCCGGCUGUUUCCGCUGGCUGUGGAGGCCUUCCUGCAGGCCCUUCCUCUGUGCUGGGUGCCAGGAGAGCAGGCCACAGUGCUAAGAAACCUUGGGAUGGCCCACAACGCCCUUGGCAACUAUCAAGAAGCUCAGGAGUUUCACCAGAAGGCUGCUGACCUGCAUGGCUCUGUGGGGCAGCGGUGGGAGCAGGGCCGGAGCUUUGGCAGCCUGGCCUUUGCGUUGAGCCAGCUGGGGGACCACAAGGCUGCCAGAGACAACUACCUGCAUGCCCUGCAGGCUGCCCGCGACUCUGGGGACAUGAAGGGACAGUGGCAGGCCUGUGAGGGUCUGGGGGCUGCUGCAACCAGGCUGGGGCAGUAUGACCAGGCCUUGAAGUACUAUAAGGAAGCACUGGCCCAGUGUCAGGAGCCAGAUUCUGUGCGAGAACGGCUGGUGGCCAAGCUGGCAGACACCGUGAGGACGCACUUGGCCCAGACCUCGGCUCCAGGAAGACUCCAGGCUCCAGGUGGGGCCAGCCAGGUGGAGGGGACCCCAGCAAAGGCAGGAAGCAGUGCAGCAGGUGCCCAGCACAGAUCUUCCAGCGGGUGGGAAGAUGAAGAGUUUGAGGAGGGCCACCAGGAGAAAAAAGAGGAGAGGUCGGCAAACGUUCCCAUGAGGGCUGGGCCGGGGAGACUGGAGCGUCCAGGACCCAGGGCCCAUUUUCCAUUUGUAGGUCGAGGCCCUCCCAGAGCGGAGUACCCUAGCAUCCUGGUACCCAAUGGCCCUCAAGUCAAUAGCAAUGUGAACAACUCUCACCCAGCUCUGGAAGCCCGGGGUAUGCCCUGCUUCCUGAAUGGCCUGAUGAUAGGCCUCAGUGAAAGACAGGGUGCUGCAGGAUGGGGGGAUAUGAAGCUUAAGCCAACUCCCUCCUUCUCUGGAGCCCACCAGCAGAGGUCAUCCAAGUGGCCCAGGGAAAGCCUCAGCAGGAGCUGCCAGAGGAGACCCAUGGAGUCGGGCAUCUGCACUAUCGUGUGACCUCCCCCUGCCGGCCGCAGCCCUCAUCGCUGAAGCACCUGCCCAACAUGCACAUGCUAGGGGGUCCUGGGGACCAAGCCUCUUCCCAGUUGCUCAGCCCUGCAGGGGCG